UUUCCAGAGGGAGUCUGGAAAAGUAAGCAAGAUAUCAUUUCUGUAAGAAAACUUUGGAUAACAGAAGUUCUGGAUAAAAGGGCAGACCAGUUCAGUCACCAUGAGCUGGAGCUUCCUGACUCGCCUGCUGGAGGAGAUCCACAACCACUCCACGUUUGUGGGGAAGAUCUGGCUCACGGUCUUGAUCGUCUUCCGGAUUGUCCUUACCGCUGUAGGAGGAGAGUCCAUCUAUUACGACGAGCAGAGCAAAUUUGUGUGCAACACAGAGCAGCCAGGCUGCGAGAAUGUCUGCUAUGAUGCCUUUGCACCCCUCUCCCAUGUACGCUUCUGGGUAUUCCAGAUCAUCUUGGUGGCAACUCCCUCCGUGAUGUACCUGGGCUACGCCAUUCAUAAGAUUGCCAAGAUGGAGCAUGGCGAAGCAGACAAGAAGGCUGCUCGGAGCAAACCCUAUGCCAUGCGUUGGAAACAGCAUCGGGCUCUGGAAGAAACAGAAGAGGACCAUGAAGAGGAUCCCAUGAUGUAUCCAGAAGUCGAAUUAGAAAGUGAAAAAGAAAAUAAAGAGCAAAGCCAGCCUAAACCCAAGCAUGAUGGCCGACGGCGGAUCCGGGAGGAUGGUCUCAUGAAAAUCUAUGUGCUGCAGUUGCUGGCGAGGACCGUGUUUGAGGUGGGUUUUCUGAUAGGGCAGUAUUUUCUGUAUGGCUUCCAAGUCCACCCAUCCUAUGUGUGCAGUCGAAUUCCUUGCCCGCAUAAGAUAGACUGCUUUAUUUCCAGGCCCACCGAAAAGACCAUCUUCCUUCUGAUAAUGUACGGCGUUACAGGCCUCUGCCUGUUGCUGAACGUUUGGGAGAUGCUCCAUUUAGGCUUUGGGACAAUUCGAGACUCACUCAACAGCAAAAGGAGAGAACUGGAAGACCCGGGUGUGUAUAAUUACCCUUUCACCUGGAAUACACCGUCUGCUCCCCCUGGCUAUAACAUCGCCGUCAAACCAGAUCAAAUUCAGUACACCGAGCUGUCUAAUGCGAAGAUCGCCUACAAGCAGAACAGGGCCAACAUCGCCCAGGAGCAACAGUACGGCAGCCACGAGGAGCACCUCCCCGCCGACCUGGAGACGCUGCAGCGGGAGAUCAGGAUGGCUCAGGAACGCUUGGAUCUGGCAAUCCAGGCCUACAAUCACCAGAACAACCCCCCUGCUCCCCGGGAGAAAAAAGCCAAAGUGGGGUCUAAAGCUGGGUCCAACAAAAGCAGUACGAGUAGCAAAUCAGGGAAUGGGAAGACCUCCGUCUGGAUUUAAUCUUGGCUGGGCUUAGAACUUGUGCUCUUCAUAGUUUAUGGUAAGCAGCGGCUCACUGAAUAAUGACUUCCAUUGAGUAAACACUUGGCUCUGGUUAUCUUCAGGGAUGCUGUUGGCUUGUGAUCCGAGCUCAGGGGACUCUGAAGGCGGGGCUGGGACAGAGGAAAAGGAAGGGAAACAUAGUGUUCCUGGGCACAUGUUCCAGCAAUAAUACAGUUGUAGACUUUACAUUUGUGUCUUCCAGAUCUGGAAAAGAACAGAUAUAUUUAAAUCAUUCUUGUUGAACAAUUUUUGUAUGUACAGUAUUAUGGAACUUUUUCUCUUUUUUAGUAUGCGAACUUUUUUUUUGUACUUGUACAUUGGACCACUGUAGUUAUACUUUUAUAUUAAAGGGGGAAAAUCCUAAGGUAAUGCCUGUUAGACUAGUGUUAUUACUUUGUUCAGCAUAUUUCUGUCCUGGGUUUCAUGUUUUUUAAUAGAUGCUACACCUAAUAAAAGUGCCUCUCGUGAUGCAGGGAUAAUUUCAAAUAUAUGAGGAGGAGGGGGUGGAGGAGUCAGUUUUCAGUCUUAGAAAGACCGUCCACAGUAGAAGGAGGUUAGAACGUGGGAAAUCUUUGAAUCUCAUUCAUGUGCCCAGAGUUGUAUCUGUCUUUGAAAACCUAUUUGUAUUUUCAAAGGAGAUAAAUGAUUCCCUGCAGGAUUCCUCUAAAUAUCAAGCAUUGCCAGGAUAUGCUUUGAUGUGUGUCAUUUAAGUUCUUCCAAAGGCUGGUACCCGCAGUUCUGCAGCAGUGUGGAGACUGUCAGGAGUCACUGAGAUUCCUCUACCACAGCGCAAACCACGCCUGCAAAAUGAGCCCUGACAGGGUGUUCAGUUGUGGACCUGUUUGAUUUGCCUUAAAUCUCUAUCCAGAAACCUGCCUCUCUCUAGUUUAAGAAACCAGUGGUGGGUAUUUUCUUUAUAUGUUAACAUUAGAAAUACAAAAAUUCCCUUGUAAGCUAAGAAUACUCAAAGCUCCUUGUGCUGCAUAUGGUGGAAGGCCUAAAUCCAAAUUCCUUAUUUUUUAUAAUUUACCACGGAACUUUUAUAAUUUGCAUACUUCUGCCAAUGUCGUUUUCUGCCCGGAAGACCAGUCAGACCGGGGAUUUUAUCUGUAAAUAGAUCUAAAGAGAAUUCCAGUAUUUAUUCCCUACAAAUAUGUUUGUAGGCAUAUUAAUUUGUCAGUGACAAACAUUAAUGUCAUGUAACACUCAUAUUUUGCAGUAUUUUAUUGCCAUUUUCAAACUUGUAUUAUGUUGGCGAGCUUUGCUCUCCUGUCAGGUUCACGUCGUUUGUCGUACAGUUGAUGAGCUUCUGAGUAAGAGCCUGUUAAAGAUUUCAAGGAAGGGACUUCCGCUUCACUAUGGAAAUUUCAUUUUGGGUAUCUCUCUCUUUCCAACAGGAAGCUGUCAUAAGCCACCUCUGACUUUGAAAUUCUAAAAGUAUUAUUUUUUUUUAUGUCAAUUUUGAAAUGAGAAUCCUAAAACAGCAUCUUGGUGCUGUUCUUUCUUUUCUUUUUUCUUUGUUGACCUCCAUUGCAUUUCUUCCACUCCUACCCCCAAACAAAAGAAACUCAGUAGAAAAUUUAAGCUUAUUUUCUAGCCCUGCAUUUACCUUUAUUUUGCUGACACACACACACACAUUAAUAAUUUUGUCCUAGAGAAGUUCCCCUGGAUCUCUAAACAUCUUAAGCACCAAGUAAGUUCAGGUGAGACUGAAGGGGAAGUUUCGGAAAAUUAUACAUGUAUGUAUCCUGGAUAAUUAAUAGACGUGCAAUUUCCUUCAAACUAAAUGUAUAAUAAGGAAAUUAACUACAAAAGCAGGCAAGAUGGUAAAUACCUAAGCCUAGCUAAGAUAAGGAACUAUCAAUUACCUCUUAGUUACUAGAGCUUCAUGCAGAUGUUGUCAUUGAAGGACGGAAAAUGCACACACACUCACAUCUGUCUCUUCAGAGCCUGAGGAACAGCAAGGCGUUGCCAGCAGAAAAGUUUGAAAGUGAGGAGAGGGAGGGAGUCCGGCGGAAAUGCCAGGCCGACAUUUGGCGCCAGAAGUAUCCAUUGUUCCUACAAUUGGUGCCCCUGGUGUUUCUCUUGGUUUGUUCUGGUGAGAAUGUUACCUUUUGUGUCUGGAUAAUUAAUUCUUCACCUUCUUAAAGUAUGUAGAGAAAUAUUCACAUGUGCAUACACAUUUAAAAACCCAUAUUUAGUCUGUCACUAAAGUUUUAAUUGGGACAUGGGUUUCUCAGCUCUCACUUCUUUCUUAGUAUAUUUCUUUCAGCCUUUGAACAUAAGAGUUUGCCAAAGCCAUUUCCCCCUAAUGACAUCUGUGAACCCACAUUAAGAAAAUGGCCCUGUCAGUGUCUAGGUUAAUCCAUUGAUUUGGUCUACAGUGAAUCUAUAAAAAUAUCAUUCCAGCUAUUGUCCUAGAACUUGCAGGUAUUUGUAUGAAAAGUGUGUCAGCAUUUUUUUCUUGUCAGAAUCAUAUUCCUUUGAAUUGCCGUGUAAGACAUGCUCUGUUGUAGGAUAUUUGCUUCUCUAGAUAGAAGUUGAGGGUUUAGUUCUUCACCGCUGAGAAUCAGGAUGCAAUCAUGUUUAUAUACCUUAGCAUACUGUUGGUUUUGUUUAAAUGUGGUGUGUCCUUUGCUGUCUUCCUUAAAAUCUGUUAUCCAGAGAGAUUUGUAAAAGGAACAGGCUUUUUUCUUAGUUUAAAUUUGAGGGAUAAUUCGGUAACAUUUUCUCCUAGAGAAAUGUUAAUGUUCAUUUUGUGGUUUCGAGUUUGCUUGAUGACUUAGUUUUGCCUGUUUCGAUAUUUCAUUUAAAACCACAAGUGUCUUCUCAUUCAAAGUCAGUUUUUCUGGGGAUUUUCCUUGACUAAUGUCUAAUGUCUGUAGAAUUACUUUGAUAAAAAUGAACUUUGUCAUCUAAAAUCUUCCUGGAGGUUAGGACUACUAAUAGUCUUUUUAAAGGACACCUAUAUCUUUAAAGAGAAAAAAAAACCAUCAUCAAGUACCUUAAUUAUGUCAUUUCUUCUUGGUAUGAAAUGAGGCAGUUCAUUUUGCUUUUCCAAGUUUCAGGAACCACUUUCCUUUCAAAAGUGUUAUGAAGUAGUUGGACCGAGCCUGUGGUAAAGGUAUCAGAAGACCAACUAUUGUUAUUGGUUAUUUAUCUGAACUUAAAGCUUAAAAAAAAAAGAUGUAAAGAACUGUGAUGGUAGUAAGAUGUCCAUCAGUGCUCUUUAUCACAGGAAUCAGUGAGGGCUUAAAAUAUUUGCUCUAGGCAGUUUAUACCAAGAAUGGAAGUAAAUGUUAUUCCCGUGCGUUAUACCUAUGCUUUACCCUUAAGCUUAUGAAUAUCCAUCUUUAUGCUUCCUGUCUCAUUUAGAGGACAGUAUACUUCUAAAAAUAAUACUUAUAGUUUAUGGUAAAUUUUAGCCAGCCAGUUUUCAGUAAAAGGCAAAUACAUUUUACUUGAACCUACUUUAAGAAACACCUUUCUGUGAAGGAAAGGUCUUUCCUGACUGAAGAAAAGUACCUGAAGUCAAAGGUAUCCAGUUGCUGGUCAUUUUAAUAGGAAGGUCCCCAGUACUAGGUGAUCUUUAUAGAAUCAUGUAAUCUCAUGAAGAGUCUUCCCACCUGAAAAUAAUAACGCCCCGCACCUAUACAGUACAGAGUUUGGAAACAAAUUGCAACUCACCUAUGUAUCAUACGCCUGUAAUAAUUCACAGUCACCAUCAAGUAUUAGAAUCAUUAGGUUGAGUUGCAUGCUUUUCACUCAUGCUGGCCACACAUCAUGGAGAGUUUAAAAGAUUUUACAUGUUGUCGCGAAUGCAAUUGUGUUUUGAAUAAUGUGAAGUCAGUUUGCGUUGUGCACAUAUCAUGUUAGUAACCGUACUUUCUAAAGGAGCAAUCCAGAGCAUUCCAGAAUCCAGGAGUUCAAACCAAAGGAAGUCCUCUUCCCAAGCAAAAUCUCUACAGAAAUAAAGGAAGUAAGAGUUGUGCACUUCGGGGUUGGCUUGUUGAGUCAGCAAAAACAUGUGGCUGUCUAUGCUUCCAAGAUUGGAAAUCUUUUUCUUUAUUGUACUCUCAAUUGUGUUUUCUUUAAUAAAUCUCUUACAGAAGUCUCUACCUCAGGCACUAAGUGUCAGCUAUGGUUAGGGUAUUGAUACUGAAAAACUUAGCUAGGACUUCCAACUUAUUAAGAUAACUUAAAUGUAAACAACUGUUAACCAGCAAUCUCUUAUCAUGUGGCAUGCAGUUUGGAUAUUGUAUGAACAGCUAAGGAUUACCCAUUCUAGUGCCAAAGAUCACUUGUUGCUAAUUUUGUUUUGUACAGUUGAUGUAAAACUUUACGGUUGGGGACAGACUCUGUGCUCAGGGCCUUGUCUCUAGAAAGAUUUCUUUCAGUCCCAAAUGUUUUGUCAGUUCCAAAUACAGUUUAGAAGAUUCA